GGGAACAUUUUCAAAAACCGGUUUAAUCCGCAAGACGGUGCGGUCGUGCGACGACAAGUAUGGACUUGUUUGUUUAUGCUGCCGCGCGGCUUCAUUGUAACUAUAGAUCAAUCAUUCCGAUGCGCUUGCUUACUGAGGUUGUGUUUAGGUUUACUGUUGUUAUUGGGACUUCGGGAGUGGUAAUUAGUUACCUACCUAUUAUAGUUAGUGGUGCUUAUUCAUUGCUUAAAUGGGACGUAAAAGAAAAAACCCAAUUUACUCGUAUUACAUUUACAAUAACGAAACUAACAAAUCAAAAUGUCAAAUGGAAGGAUGCCAGAAAGCAAUACGAGGACAUCAUGCCGGAAAUUUAGUACGACAUUUUUUUACGCAGCAUCGUGCUGAAUAUAACAAGAUGCAAGAAAGGACUUUGUCUGAUAAAGAUGUAAAUUCUUUAACAGAAUACAAUAAAGUUCUUGAAUGCUGCAUAAAUUUAGUUGCAAUCCACGGCAGGCCGUUGUCUUUGCUAGAAGAUGAGGCAUUCCAAAGUUUAAUUUCAAUGAUACCUAAUCCUGGGUUAACACCUAAUAUUAGAAACAUAAGAACAUGUAUUGAGAAUAAAGCCUACGAUGUCCGAAAGAAGAUCUAUGAGGAAUUAAAAAAUAAACUGGUAUGUUUAAAAAUUGAUGUAGCUUCUGUUAAAUCAAGAAGAUUCCUCGGAAUAAAUUUGCAGUUCAUUUUAGAUAAGAAGCUGCAGCUUCGUAAUUUGUGUGUAGUUGAGCUUCAUGAACGGAAUACUGCAGCAUUCUUGAAAGACACAGUGUUGAUGGUUUUAAGCCGCUACGGAAUCGAGCCUCGGCAGCUAUACUCCAUCACCUCGGACAACGGCGCUAAUAUGCUUGCAAUGUCUCGUCAAAUUGAAGAAGAAAUACAGGAUUGUCUUGAAGAUUUUAGUAACACUGAAGAACAGGUUGAGGAAUCUGAUAUUAUAUUUUCACCAGCAGAUAGUCAGGAAAUGCUUGAUUUGGUGGAAAGUUUGGAGUUCGAAAGGGAAAAUAUAGCCCAACCUAUCGUGACAGCUGUACGUUGUGCCGCGCAUACAUUGCAGCUUGCUGUGAGAGAUGCCUGCAAAGAACUUGAACCCGUUUUCGAAUUGUGUCGUCGUGCAGUAAGAACUCUUCGUACACCUAACGUGGCACUUGAAUUAAAGCGUAACCAAUUGCUUCAGGCUAUUCUGGAUUGUCCAACUCGAUGGGACUCUACCGCCGAUAUGUUGGACAGGCUAGUUAACCUAAAAGACUUUUGUAAAGAACAUUACUCAGACUUAAUUGGAGAUGAGACAUGGUCAAAAAUUGAAGAAAGCUUGCAGGCUCUCAAACCGUGCAGAGUACUAUCCAAACGGUUGCAAGAAGAACAAUUAACAUUCGGUGAUUUUUACAUUUAUUGGAUAAAAUGUAUUACAGAGUUAGAACAAAUGAAUACUCCUAUUGCAAUAUAUUUGGUUAUAUGUAUGAAAGCGAGAGAGGGCAAUCUUCUGACCAACGACACGUUUUUAUCUGCUGUUUAUAUGGAUCCGAGAGUAAAUUCUAUACUUUCCGAAGAACAAAACGAACGAGCUCGUAUUCAUUUAAUGCAUACACACCAAAGAUAUAUUAAUUUGCAAUUGCAAACUCAGGAUCGACCAACAAAUGAAAAUGAUCUUAAUCAAGAUAAUGUCCCGCACACAUCACGAAGUAAUAUAGAUAGUUUCUUUGAAAGGCGAUAUAGAGAACGUCAGAGAGAACGACCAACAGAAGCUUGCAAUCAAUUAAAACACUCUUUGAUUGAUUUUUUAAAUUCGCCACUUUUGCCAACGCAUGAGAACAUUUUGAAAUAUUGGUACGAAAAAAGGUUUACUGAUCCACAACUUUAUUCUUUAUCCACUAUAGCCUUGGCUACUCCACCAACGCAGGUUAGUGUUGAAAGGUUGUUUUCGUCGCUGAAAUUCAUUUUAAAUAAUCUAAGAAUGUCAUUAAAAGACUCCAUAAUUGAUGAUAUCUUGUUAGUAAGAAACAACAGCAUCUAUGAGAAAUCAGAUUAAUUUAAUAUUAUUUUCUGUGACAUUUUGUUAAUUUACAUGAUUAUGUAGAUACCUAAUAUGUUUAUCAGUCUCAGGUUCAAUAAGCUAGUAUUAUGUAAUUGGGAAUAUGCAUGUGAUUUAAAUUUACUUGAUUUUUUUUCCUUGAGCCUUUAUAGUUCUGAUAUUAUAUCUCAACCAUUAUUUUCUUAUUUAAAUUGUUUAUAAUUGCAUAAAAUAUUAAUUAAAAAGUGCAAAAAAAGCAUGUGUAAUUCAAAUUUAUGAAACGCAUCACCAUUGUUUUGUCAAAAUGAAAAUUUACGUCACGAGUAUAGUUAUCGAAUUUGUCAGCAAAAAAAAAUAAAAAUAAAAAUAAAAACAAAAAAAAAUACAAAAACAAAAAAAAAAAAACAAAAAAAAAACAAAAAAAAAAACAAAAAAAAAACAAAAAAAAAUUGUCAGCAUCGAUGUUUCAAUCGUUCGUCAGAGCACACGCCAAAAUGCGGGCGUUUAAAGUGCCCAUGUGGCUAUUUUUAACUUCUUUUUAAAAAUUUAAAUUACUUUAUAGGUGUUGAUUGAGUUUUUUUUUUGUAUUUAAUAGCGAUGACUAAUCGAAUAAAAUAUAGAAAAAAGCACAUCCAUAUUCCCUAUUGUAAGUAAACACAUUCAUUCGUUACUUAAAAUUAAAAGUCAGGUUCCUUUUUCGUGCGGCAUGUGCCUGUGCUUAUUCCUGUGUAUUAGCUUUAAUAUUUCCACAUAUACAUAAGUCCGCAUGCAUGGCUCGACAAAAUCUAACUCUGACGAAAUAAGUUUUCCAUAAUAUUCAUUUCUCAUAUCUUUCUGAUUGUUGGUUAUGUUGCACGGUACACACUGGUAUUUUACAUUUUGUUGCUUUGAAUUUUGACUUGGUAAAACAGGUUCCUCCUGAGGCUUCUGGGUAUCCUUGCUUUGCGGAACAGUAAUUAGACUCAUUUGUAUUCCUGCAAUAUAUAUCAAAUUAAUUAUUUAAACGUUUAAUUUGUUAAAUUAGGUUGAUUUGUAUUGUACAAUUAUUGUACAGUGACUACAAACUUUAAAUUAAAAUUAUUUUAAUCGAUGUUCAGUCAAUCACAGUUUGGUGCUGCGAAGUGCAACCAAGAUGUUUCUUAAAAUUAUCAUGUUGCAUCACGCGAGAAUAUGGGCUACCGCCGUUUUAUAUAUUUUGGCGAAUAGGGUUACCUAUAUUAUAAACAUAAUAAUAUUUAUGCUUCGGAUCAGCUAAGAGUUGGAUGCAAUGUGAUUAUUAUUGUUAAUUUAAUCUAAUACACAAACAGUCAGCUGCUAGAACGAUAUUUAAAGUUAGUGCUUUAUUAAAGUUAUCGCCGUCUUUUUUUACUUCUGAAAUACUGAAUAUAGUUAAUAGAGCAUGAACUUUAAAGAUCGUUCUUGAAAACUGACCGUAAGGAAAAAUAUCUUCGUUUAGUCUUGACAAGAAUACCUACCUAUUGUACGUCUUUUCGGUGCUAAUAGAGAUUGCGAUUCUUCCUCAUUUAAUGUUGCAUGUCUUUUGAUUUCUAAAAAUAAAUGAUGUUUAAAUUA